AAAACACCACGCGGGUGUGGGAGGGUAAAUCGAGUAAAACAAAUGACAUAAACGUGCAAUCCAGUUGGCUGUUCAAGGGAACUCCUCAAUCGUGAUGCGGCGGAGAGUCUCGCCCAUUGGAGUCAACUCCACCUACUUGUUUCUGCAGAGCUGUGGUUCCGGUCUGUAGAGAUACAUUUUCGGAAGUCUCGCUCAAUGGAAUCAGGUAUAUCCAUUGAGAAACAAUAAUAGUACCAAAGAUGAAAACAUAAAUUGUGAUGGAGUGACGAAGCCCUGUAGUUUUUGAUGCUUCUUUUUGAGUGUGCCGGAAAAAGAUCAUACGUUUCGGAGUUUCGAAAAUAAUGACAUCUGGUGGUUUGCAGAAAUCAUAUCAUCCAUGAGCUGGAGUUGGCAGAGGAAGCAUGCGUGCAAGCCCUUAUGGAUUGCAUAGUUUCAAUCCGGAACGUGUUCUAACAGCAUAAGGACGCCAUACGUGUCCAUUUUCAUCAUAUGCCAGUCAUGCUGUCAUUAAAAUGCUGAAAAAGUGUGCAUGUUAGUAUGCGCGUCAAUUUUCCGCAGUAAAAUGUUUAAAUAUUUCGUCCAAAAGAUGUCAUUUUCAUAAUGACAGCAAACAUAAGUACUACAUUACAAGCCAUGGAUUGGAUUGCAGAUUUAGGGCUCGAGAUUCCCAGCCAAUGCACUCUAGAGUUUUGGUCAAAAUUCUAGUAAUUCACAACGACGUUUAUGUACAGUAAAUUGGUUAUGAGCGAUAUAUUGCCUGUGUCCGCAAUAACCUGCAGGCCAUUCACUAAUUUAACCAUUUCUUUUUUCAAAAUACUUAGCUAAAUACAUUUUUGCAAAGAGCAUUUUUAUCACUCAUGCAUUAAACAUGACAGUGACUUCCCGUCUCAAAAUCAAUGUAGGGUUGGAUUAUUCCUAACCGAUUAGCCAUCCUGUCGUAUAGGUCAAAAGUGACAUCAAACAUGGCGCUGCUCAUGAGAGGCGUGUUUCGACAGUUUGAUUCAUUUCUGUUUAUGACAGUUUCAGAAAAACUAAGGGUCGAGCCUCGAAGGUGUGUAAGGGCUUUAAGGAGAAGACCAGUGAAAGUGCUUUACCCAGAAACCGAAGUUGCAGGAAAGCUACAAGCAGUGCAAUCAAUAAAGGCUCCGAAAGUUAGUGUUGAAAAGAACUCCUCUCCAAUAUCGAGGGGAGCAGAAAGACCGCCUGGGUAUGAAACCAAGAAGCAAUCGCAUGGUCCAAGUGCUACAACAUCCCACCGGGUUUAUGAAGUUCUAGGGGAGACGCCAGAACUAAGAUACAAAAAAGCGAACCCCCUCGACAAGAGGCUGGGGAAGGUGAUAACUAUUGCAAAAUCCAGAAAGUUUCGAGAUCAGCAUGGCAAGAUCUUGUUGGAGGGUCGAAGAUUGAUCAUUGAUGCCCUGUCCUCAGGAGCUAUGUUGAACACCCUUUUCUUCAGUACAGUAGAUCAGCUAAAGGAAUUCCCACAAGAGAAACUGAAGCGGGCAAACUUGAUUAAAGUCAAGUUUGAAGACAUUCGAACUUGGUCUGAUUUGGUGACACCACAAGGAUUUAUGGCAAUAUUUUCAAAACCAGACCACUCAAAGAUGACCUACCCAUCAAUGAAGCUGAAGCAUGCUUUCCCUUUGUCACUAAUUUGUGAUAACAUCCGAGACCCAGGGAACCUGGGCACCAUCUUAAGAUCUGCAGCUGGGGCUGGCGGAAGUAAGGUGCUUCUCACAAAGGGCUGUGUGGAUGUUUGGGAGCCUAAAGUGUUAAGGGCUGCCAUGGGUGCUCAUUUCCGAAUUCCUGUAAUUGCAAACCUGGCAUGGGAAGAGAUUCCAAACUACCUUCCAAGCACCAUCACUGUCCAUGUCGCUGACAGUUGUAGCCGCCCACCUGAAUCUCAACCUCAGCCCAGAAAAGCCACACUGAGUAAACAAAAAAUGCAUUACGAAGAAGAUGAAGAUUCAGAUUCAGAUUCAGACAUGGAUAGGUUUACCUUACCAGAUGUGGAAGCACAGUUAUAUCAUGAGAACUGGGCCAAUGGCGAGUGUGCUGUUGUGAUUGGUGGCGAGACUCAUGGACUUAGCCUGGAAGCCCUCCAGUUGUCAGAAACAACCAGAGGAAGGCGGCUUAUUAUUCCAAUGGUUCCAGGAAUGGACAGUUUAAAUUCAGCGGUGGCAGCUAGUAUCUUGAUAUUUGAAGGGAAACGACAGCACAAUCUGAAGGCAAAACAGGAAGAACUAAAGCCUCAUUGCCAGCUGCCAUAAACUUAAUGUAAUUCUUUUGUUUCAACUUUUGUACAUGUCACUGCUUCUUUACAUCUCUUGGACUUCCUGAGGGUUGACUACUUGCUUAUUAUAGGCACUGUCAUAAAACAUAAUGAUACAUAACAA